GACUUCCUCUACUAAACUUGCUUAUCUUCCUCCUAAACCUUAAGUUUCAUAAGCUGAGGCAGCUUUUUGUAUAAGGUUGGAGUUCGUGUGUUAAUGGGACUACACAGUUUUAGAAGAUUUUUUGUUAGUGGGGUAGUAGAGCCAGAGAUGUGGUUACUUAUGAGAAGGGAUGGGAUGUGAGACAGCACUGCAGGAAUGCUCAUGUUACUGGAUGGAUGGAGGUAACUACUCCCUCACACUUAGGAGACCCAGUAUCUCUUAAAUAAUAUGAAGGGAAAGAUUUCUGGUGCCGGUGUUUGUCUGUGUGCCCGCAGCAUCAGCCAGUGUGGACAGCACAACAACAUGUUCUACCUACUGAGGGGUAAUGUCUUCUCUCAAAAUGCCUCUGGAGCCCACUAAGCACAGGCAUAUCAUGGGUAUCUGAUGAAUCUGGCCGAGGUAUUGAGGACAGUUUUUCACAGAAAUCAGCCCUAAUCAUGAUUUCAGUAUUGUGUUACUGGAAUCUCAGUAUGGGGAAUACUUUCUGGUGGUGGGUGCUAGUAUGUUUUCUCCGCCUGUUGAAGAGUUGUUCCCUAGAUGACAGGUGUGUGGCAGAAGGUUCCAGUGAUCACUUGUUCGAUUUUUCAUUUGUUGAUGGGAAGCUUCCAUGACCUGAGUGAAACUGCAAAGCUCUAGACUAAAGAGAUCCUGGCUGAAAUCAGGUGUGUGCUUCAUUACAGUGAAUACCAAGAGAGAGGUGUAGUACCAUCUUGUGAAGCAUGCAGAUAGGAGUCAACCCAACUAGUGUUGAUCUUGUGAAUAUUGGCAAGGGUGAGGUGGUGAAAAUGAAGCCAGGCCAAGUUCUGCAUAUUGUGAAUAACCUUUACCCCUACACGAUACAAUUUGCCGAAGAGUCUGGGAAAACUGUUCCGAAAGCAGACAAGAUGCCACAUGAGGACUCCUGUGAGAAUGAUGAUAAAGAGCUUGUGCCCAGAAAAACAAUGAAGUUGGAGGUGGUGGAUACACAAGGCAGUUCUACAAAUCCGAAGCUAAGCAAUAUCAGUGUAUCUACACAUGAAGGAACUUCAAGUAAAAAGGAACAUUUAGGACACUGGAGUCAGGGUCUAAAGAGCUCCAUGCAAGAUCCAAAAAUGCAGGUUUACAAAGAUGAAAAGACUGUAGUCAUCAAGGAUAAAUAUCCCAAAGCACGUUACCACUGGCUUAUCUUACCAUGGGACCCCAUUUCAAGCCUGAAGUCAGUCACCAGGGACCACCUUGAGCUCCUGGAACAUAUGCAUGCCAUUGGGCAAAAAAUGAUCGAACAGUGCCCUGCCAGAGAGAGCCUGGAGUUCAGACUGGGUUACCAUGCUAUUCCCAGUAUGAGUCAGCUACAUUUGCAUGUAAUCAGUCAGGAUUUUGAUUCUCCGGCUCUGAAAACCAAAAAGCACUGGAAUUCUUUUACUACAGACUACUUCUUAAACUCUCAAGAUGUGAUAGAGAUGGUAAGAAGCAAGGGAAAAGUGAUGGUGAAAGACCAUACCUCUGAACUUCUCAAACUUCCCCUCAGAUGCCAUCGCUGUAAAGAACAGCUGUCCACAAUCCCACAGUUAAAGGAACAUCUUAGGAAACAUUGGCCAAAAUGAUUUUGCAAAAAAACAUCUUCCAGUCUGUCUUCAGAUUUCAAGCCAACACAAAGACUACGAAAUGUUAAUGGAAAUGUGUGUUUAUUAACUGGAAUUGCAAAUAUAAUGUGUGGAAAAGUAUCCUGGAAACAGCAGCAUACUAAUUUAGUAAUAGCUUCAACAAAAAAAACCAAGCCCUCUUCUUCCUCCCUACUGAAAAUAUAAAUAAAGUGAUUCCUGAAAUUGAA